AAGUGUUCAUUUAUUUGCCCUUCGAAGCAACGAUCAUCCACGUGGCGACUCGUUUCUCAGGCAACUCUACCAAUUCGUAUUCUUUAUUCUCAUACCUCGUUGCCCGUAAUUUCUCCGGGCAACGGAUGCCACGCCCUCUCCCCGGCUCUUCUCUUGCAAGCCUCAGUCCUGCAACACCCCGUGGGUACUUCGGGCAGCUCCUGUCAAGUCUCAACAGCUUCAACUGUUUCUACCUUCACACAAACAGCACCCUGGAGCAGCCAAGGGAAACUUUAAAAAUAACAACAAUAAAUAAAUAAAAUAAAGAGAGCUACCUAUAAAUAGAAGCGGGGGUGGACUCGUUGUUACACAUUAAUCACUUGGCUCUCUGAUCUCCGUUUGCGGGAGAGUCUACGUGGUUUAAUAUGCUGUGAAGUGGAUUUUCUGGAUUGAUUUUUUUUAUUUGUUUGGAGUUUUCGUUUGGUGAGAUCUUCGAUUUUAGAGCACGAAAUGUGGAAACUUGCGCGAGUUGCGGCUUCCAGUUUCCGCCGAUCACGGUGGUUCUCGACGGCGAUACCUGGUCCAUGUAUUGUUCACAAGCGUGGCGCUGAUAUUCUCCAUGAUCCUUGGUUCAAUAAGGAUACUGGGUUUCCUUUGACUGAAAGAGAUCGACUGGGGCUGCGAGGCCUCCUUCCACCUCGUGUUAUAUCGUUUGAGCAGCAAUAUGCUCGUUUUAUGGAGUCAUAUGGAUCGCUGGAAAAGAAUACUCAGGGACAACCAGAUGGUGUUGUAUCCUUAGCAAAAUGGAGGAUCUUGAAUAGACUUCAUGAUAGGAAUGAGACAUUAUACUAUCGAGUCCUUAUUGACAACAUCGAGGAUUUUGCUCCUAUAAUAUACACUCCAACUGUAGGAUUGGUAUGCCAAAAUUAUUCAGGCCUAUUUAGACGUCCUCGUGGAAUGUAUUUUAGUGCAAAGGAUAAAGGAGAGAUGAUGUCAAUGAUUUAUAACUGGCCAGCUCAACAGGUGGACAUGAUAGUCCUAACAGAUGGAAGUCGUAUUCUUGGCCUGGGGGACCUUGGUGUUCAAGGAAUAGGUAUACCCAUUGGAAAGCUUGAUAUGUACGUUGCUGCUGCUGGUUUCAACCCCCAGAGAGUGCUACCAGUUAUGCUGGAUGUUGGUACAAACAAUCAAAAGCUACUUGAGGAUCGUCUUUAUUUAGGACUUCGACAGCCUAGGCUGGAAGGGGAAGAGUAUCUAUCUAUUGUUGAUGAGUUCAUGGAAGCUGUUUUCUCACGUUGGCCCAAGGCCGUUGUACAGUUUGAGGAUUUUCAAAUGAAGUGGGCAUUUGAAACGCUGCAAAGAUAUCGUAAAAGAUUUUGCAUGUUUAAUGAUGAUAUACAGGGAACUGCUGGUGUUGCACUUGCGGGAUUGCUAGGGACUGUGAGAGCCCAAGGUCGACCGUUGUCUGACUUUGUGAACCAAAAGAUAGUUGUAGUGGGUGCUGGGAGUGCAGGGCUUGGUGUCCUGAAUAUGGCUAUACAGGCUGUUUCAAGGAUGUCUGGGGAUAAUGAAGGAACUGUAAAGAAUCAAUUUUUCCUACUUGAUAAAGAUGGUCUCAUCACUAAAGAGAGGAGAAAUAUUGAUCCGGCAGCAGCCCCAUUUGCUAAAGACUUGAAAGAUGUUGAGGGGCUUAGGGAGGGAGCUAGCCUUGUUGAAGUGGUUAAAAAGUUAAAGCCCCAUGUGCUUCUUGGUUUGUCUGGAGUUGGUGGUAUUUUCAAUGAGGAGGUGCUCAAGGCCAUGCGAGAAUCUGAUUCAACUAAACCUGCAAUUUUUGCUAUGUCAAACCCCACAAUGAAUGCUGAAUGCACUGCUGCUGAUGCUUUCAAACAUGCGGGAGAAAACAUUGUUUUUGCAAGUGGGAGCCCGUUCAAAAAUGUUGAUCUUGGGAAUGGGAAAGUAGGGCAUGUGAAUCAAGCAAAUAAUAUGUAUCUGUUUCCUGGGAUUGGUUUGGGAACUCUUCUCUCAGGUGCCCGUUUUAUAACAGAUGAGAUGUUGCAAGCAGCUGCAGAAUGCCUUGCAUCUUACAUCACAGAUGAGGAAAUCCAGAAGGGCAAAUUAUAUCCAUCCGUUAGUAGUAUUCGAUGCAUUACGGCUGAGGUUGGUGCUGCUGUUCUGCGAGCAGCUGUUGCAGAAGGUUUGGCAGAAGGACACGGUGAUGUGGGCCCCAGAGAGCUCAAUAACAUGUCCAAGGAGGAGACGGUGGAAUACGUCUCACGCAGUAUGUGGUUCCCAGUUUACAGCCCCCUUGUUCAUGAGAAAUAAGGCUUCAUUGACCUUUCAUUUUCUUUCAUUUGGAGGGCAUUUUUCUGUAAGCUGGGCGUUGAAGCUCUGCAGCCAUCUUUAAUAUUCUUUUUGAUGUUAUCCUGAAUUCAUAAUUUGCUAAUAUAAAGUAGAUUGGCAAGUAAUGAAAACAGGAAUAGCCCACCCAAUUUCUAAAAUAGUUCAUCUGCUUGAACUAUGAUCCAGUUACAACAUCAAUUCAUUUAUAUUUUCAAUUAUUUUCUGGAGAUAUUGUCAAAAUUAACUGUUUCUUCAAAUUUUGCUUAUGAAGAAAAAAAAAAAAAAAAAAGAAGAAGAAGAUUGCUAGCUACCGCAUGUUUUGUUGCCUUGUCGAUUUAUUAUAUAAUGGUGUAUGUAAUAAAAUUAACGGAUGAAAGUUUGGGGACGAAAA